AUUGAAAUCCGGUUAAGUCAAGAUAAAAUGAUUGGUCAAGGCUAUUUUUUUUUGUCCUUCCAUCAACAGAAAUGCUAAAAAUGCUCCAGACCCUGUCAUUUUACGUCCCACGAAUGAUGAAUAAAGAAAGAUCUAAAGUUCUAAACAAUUCCGCAAUCUCCCCCACUUCGAAAAUCAGAUAAGAAAUUUGGUAGAAAGCCGAAAGCAAGAACACGCAAAGACCCCAGCAAAGUAACCAUAGCCCAAAAGCAACAUUUAAAAAAAAAAAAAAUUUACUUCAUAUUGGUUCUCUUUUUCUUUAAUGGGGAAGUCUCUUCCUUUCACCGGGAAACUCCAAGAACUCACCAAAAUAGCCUCUUCCCACCAACCUAAACGCUCAAAAGCAGCGCCUUUAAUUCCCCUUUGGCCCAGACAGGUCCGAGUUGACUCCCAGCCACUCAAGGUAAAGAAGAUGGAGGAUAGCUCGCUCUGUCUUGAUGGCCUGAAUGGUGUGCCGCUUUCCCAGGUAGUCUCCUUGUGCGCAAAACGGUGGUUUCAAGACACACUUAGGGAGGCCAAUGCUGGUGAUAUUGCCAUGCAGGUCCUUGUGGGUCAGAUGUAUUACAGUGGAUAUGGUGUUCAGAAAAAUGCCCAAAAGGGCUGUGAGUGGAUUAACAGAGCUUCAAAGAGUCGGGCGUCAGUGUGGAAAGUGAGUGAUAAACAUCCAGGUUAUAAUGCAAGUGACUCAGAUUCAGAUGAAGCAAAGCGGGAGGCAAAUAAUAGCAGAUAGUUAUUCUCAUUGAACUUGCAAAUGAGAAUCUGAGCAACUUGGAAUAGUACUCCAAAUGCUUUUGCAUAUUGUGCAUCCUGAAAUAUAUUAUUAUCCUAGUUGUUACAUUGGCCCUAGGUAAGGUAUCAUGUCACUGUCCCACAUGCUCUUUGAUGCUUCCUUUUAUAUGCCUAAACUAGAUCAAGUAAUCUUUCUUAAGCUAAGUUGAAAGAGAUUGUGAACUCUCAGAAAACCAGAUUGGGAAUUUCAUUUAUUAGCAAUCAUUCACAGGGAUUUAUUAAAGGAAAAAAGGAAAAAGAAUGAAAAAAAAGAAUGGUAUUCAACUAAUUAGCAAGAAGCUUUUACCAGCUCAGAAGAGAUGAGGAAUUGUAGUGGCAAUGAUAAAGUGGACAAGUAAUCUUACCACUACCCAGGCUGACAUCCAUAUUACUUGGGGGACAAAUGGAAAUUGACAAGAAUGAUGAAUCAGGCACUAGCAUUUUAUGAUUUCACAACACAAACAAGUGUUAUUGCAAUCUUACUCGAAUGAUCUAGCAAGCUUUGAAAGAUCAAAUUUCAAAUGCUUCUCAUUGGGCAUCGAACUUCCAGAAUAUACUGAAUCGUGUUUAUUGUUGUUUGCAGCAUAUUCUUCAGGUGUACUUCCACACUUCAUAACAAUCCAGAGGCUGACUAUAUCUUUUUUAUCUCUCAAAAAUAUUUGAAUAGUUGUCUUUGUAUUUUUUAAACUCUAUGUAUGUUUACAUGCGGUGAUUCUAUUCAAAUAAAUAUGAAGUUUUUUGGGUCCUCAUCAA